AUGUCGGCGAGAAAGCGUUCCCUACGACUCAGUUCGCUCGAAAAAAGCAGCAAAGCCGUCGACCUUUCUUCAUCUUCGAAACGCAGUAAAACGGAGAACUACAGUGACAAUUUUCUCUCAUCGCUACCACACGCUGUGGUUGCUCAACUGUUUCCUCUUUUGACGUCAGACGACUUGCGUCGCAUUGCUCUGACGUGCCGUGGCGCUUUGGACCGUGUCGAGUGGUUUCUGUCGUCAGACAAGGCGUUGCUAAGCGCGCUAGACAUCCGGUUGGUAUCGCGGUUUGAGAAAGACCCGGAUGCGAAGGAGAGAGUUGUUACGUUUCCUUGUCAUCAUCACCUUACAGAGCGCUUCAAGAGGCUAGGAAGGUGUUUUAAAGUCGUUACGGCAGUCAAAACACAGAGAGAAAAGAUCCGGACAAUCAAGGCUGCCAUUGACAAGUGUGAUGCCGUCCACGAAGUUGUGUGUGACAUUCGCGGCCGACAGAUUGCGUAUGAGUGUUUUGGCAUUCUCUUUCACUCCUAUUGCCACGGAUGGGACACCAAAUCUAAAACUCGUGUCUUUGAUGUUGUUAUUGUAAAAGCAAAGCUAGUGGAAACAGCUCUACAGAUUGUUUCACAACCACCUGGUACAUCACAGUGGAAUGAGUCGAACUUCAGAGAUCUUAUUGUCCACGGUAUUCUUCCGAGUUUGCACAGUGAUCUGGACGAGUAUGGCUUUUGGUUAUGGCUGUUGCUCAAGUCAUGGCCGAUUGUCAACCAAGCGCAUCUCCUUUAUAUAAUUAGUGGUCCAGUAGACGGAGCAUUGGGGUUUGUACGGUGGCUUACAUUUCCAUUGCAAGAGUCGGUAGAGGACAGUGACUUGAAGCCACUAGCACUGUCUCUGAAAGCAUUGCAACGUCAGUCAACAGUCACAUCUGACGACUUUAUCAGUUUGUUCGACGAGCUAACAGCUUUCCCUCAAGAGUGGUGUUUUAGCAUAGUGGCACGUCUUCUGCUUUUGUCUGGAAAACGAGUGGCCGAGACGGUCCUGAUGUGUCGAGCACUCAACAGCAGACUAGACGAGCUGGGAUCGUGGCUGUGGAACAUCAUACAAGUCAUCUGCAUGGCACCUCGCGACAAGGCACGAGAGCUGUGGAGAAAGAAGAAGUUGCAUUGGUUGGUCAGUUUUCUCAAACAUAUGUCAGUGACGUCGCCAUUACUUCAUUCGUCUUGCAAUCGUUCUCGUCUCUGUCAAAUGAUUAGCUCCGACUGGUUCUACUACCUUGCCGAUGGAGGCUCGGAUGUCGGAUCAGACAGCGAUUCGGAUGGACCUCUGCUGGAAGAUGUUGGAAAGUUGAGAUUUUUUGCUCAGGAAUUGUUGGAAGUAGCAAUCACACCUGAUUAGAGAUCGCAGCUACUUGCAAUACUGUACAGUAUUACCCCAUAUAUAAAUGUGACUGGUAUGAGUGUUGAGUCUUGUUGUUACUGUAUAUAUGAAUAUAUUUGUUGUGUAACUGUAACUGUUUAUUGGUUGUACAUUGUGGUUGGCAUGCAAUGCUAGAUGAAUCUAAAUGUAUUGUGGUAGUGGUCGUAUGUAUGUCAAGACUGUUUUAUUGAACUUGUGGAUGCUUAGUCAUUAUCCGUGUCACUAAACAGCAGCAGCAAUUGGAAGGAUAUUGCAAACAAACGAGAGGAAACACAUUAAGAGCAGAGUGUAGCAGCCAGCAUGCAUAUGCACGUCACAUUUUACUAGUAAUUAAACAGAUGACUUGGUCAGUGACUCCAUCUCCAAUUUCCAAGACCGGUGUCUCUUCAUCGUCUGAGGAACUAUUA